UGACUGGAGCCCAAGCGGCGAUUCUUGGCUUUCGCGGUGCUGUGGUCGGUGGUCACCUGUGCUUUCAUUUUUCCCGGGUCUGCGAGGGUGUUCGUUGCCAUCGCCUGUCAGGUCGUCGCCUGCCCCGCGGGAUCAUGAUGCGCUUCCGCCUCUCUCCGGUUUCGGGCUCGGAGCUCAUCCUGUUCUGUCUGCUCCUGGGAGCUGUUCAAUCCUCUGCAUUGGAACUUAAUUUGACAAAUUCAAACGGUACUUGCCUUUUUGCAAAAUGGGAGAUGAAUUUCACAAUAUUUUAUGAAACUACAAACAAAACUUUUAAAAAUGUAACCAGUUCAGAACUUCCCAGAGUGACAUAUAAUGGAAGCAGCUGCGGGGAUGACCAGAAUAGUGCCAAAAUAGUGCUACAGUUUGGAUCCGCUGUCUCUUGGAAUGUGAAUUUUACCAAGGAAGCGUCUGAUUAUUUUAUCGACAGCAUCUUGCUUUCCUACAACACUAGUGAUGACACAACAUUUCCUGGUGCUGUAGAUAAAGGAAGUGUUGCUGUUGAAAGUUCUCAGAGAUUCAAAAUUCCAUUGAAUGACAUCUUUCGGUGCAAUAGUUUAUUAACUCUCAACAUGAGUUCUGUGGUCCAGCACUACUGGGACAUUCAUGUACAAGCUUUUGUUCAAAAUGGCACAGUGAGUAAAAAUGAAUACGUGUGUGAGGAAGACAGAUCUGGCACCACUGUAGUGCCCGUCAUUCACACUACUGUGCCAUCUCCUACUGCGACACCCACUCCAACUCCAACACCCACUCCAACUCCCAAGGUUGGAAACUAUUCCGUUACUGAUGGCAAUGCUACCUGUCUGCUGGCUACCAUGGGGCUUCAGCUGAACAUCACUGAGGAGAAGGUGCCUUUCAUUUUUAACAUCAACCCCACUACAACUAACUACACUGGCAGCUGUCAUCCUCAAACUGCUCAACUCAGACUGAACAACAGCCAAAUUAAGUAUCUUGACUUUAUCUUCGCUGUGAAGAGUGAAAACCGAUUCUAUCUGAAGGAAGUGAACGUCAGCAUGCUUUUGGCUAAUGGCUCAGUUUUCAGUGUCGCAAAUAACAACCUUAGCUUCUGGGAUGCCCCUCUGGGAAGUUCUUACAUGUGCAACAAAGAGCAGGUGAUGUCCGUGUCUAGAACAUUUCAGAUAAACACCUUUAACCUAAAGGUCCAGCCUUUUAAUGUGACAAAAGGAAAGUAUUCCACAGCCCAGGAGUGUUCGCUGGAUGAUGACACCAUUCUAAUACCAGUUAUAGUUGGUGCUGGUCUUUCAGGCUUGAUUAUUGUUAUAGUGAUUGCUUACCUAAUUGGCAGAAGAAAGAGUUAUGCUGGAUAUCAGACUCUGUAACACUAAUCCACAUGUGAUCUCUGUUACAAAAUAAUAAAGCAAGUACAAGUUGCCGUAUGCAAUACUAUUGAAGGUACAUUUACUUACAGUCCUGCUCUUAGAUUGGGUGAUAUGGUAGAUUUCAAAUUUAAACAAAAGAAUCCCAAAUACUAUCAACUACCAAGGAGUCGUGUGAUUUUGUUUUCCCUGACCAAGGAGUUUAAAACUUCUGUAGCAAAAGACAUGUGCAGAAUUACCUGGACUGCAGGUUCUGUCUCACUAGCUGCAAUUUGUGCCGCAGCUUUUGACUUAAAUUUUGACACGAAUGGACAGUGUAGGAAAGAGAGCAGAGAUUUCUCUGCCUGCAUGAGGUUGAUUUUGGACAACAUUAUCUCCAGAAUUUGUACUUGCUCCUUUUGCAUCGUUUGUGACUUUUGUUUGCAGGUUGACUUAGCUACUUUGGCAUUGCUCCAUAUUUGACCUAUGAAAGAGAUAUCAGUAGAUUUGAGCAGAGCCCAGCAGUAUCACGCUCUUGCCAGUACAAUUCUUUUCUCAUGCUUUUUGAAUACAUUUGUAUUUAAUGUGGCUGAAAAGACAAAAACACAAAAGCUUUUUAAAUUUUAGAAUAGAUGUUAAUCUUUUUAUUUAAUCUUUUUUUUAAAAAAAAACUGGAUAUUUCAAUCUUUUAAAUUGCAAGACACAAGGCAAUUCCAACUGGGCAUUUCAAUCUGUUUUUAGGUGCUUUAGAGAUAAUUGCUAGGCAGUGCCAAAUGAAGGCAUUAGUACUUUGUACCCAGAAAUUGGCCUCUACAUUCAGCACUAAGAUGAAUGCAGAUUUCUCUUGAACCUUCCAGUCUUCCUUGUUGGUGGUAAUGUGCUUUGUUCUUUCCUUUUUUCUCCAAGAAGAAAUGUCAAUAUGUCUUAGAACCUAGAUAACGAAGUGCACUUACACUCAUAAAAUAGCUUGCACCUAAUCCGAAAAGUCAUGGUCUUGCCUUAGUCCAUUAACAACACAUUCUUCAUUUCCAGUUCACAUUGACUGCUACAGCAUUUACUAAUUUGGCUUCAUUUUUAAAUGGUUCUGUGGUAAUCAAAACUUACACUGUUAUUGUCCAUUGUGGUGCUUUUGUAUUCAGCUUUGUACUCAGAGAUGGCACCAGUUGUUCAUUUGCUGUGUAUCACCUAAUGCUUACAUGAGGGAGCAAAUUAUUUCAACCGGAUAGUUAAUACAUCAUGUAUUCCUUGCAGCUUCUAGGAGAUCUUUCAUACAUAUAUGCAUGCAUGCAUACAUACAUAUUGGUAUGACCCAGCAAACACUUCUUAAAAUAUUGACCUGUAGCCAUUUAGAGAAGGUUCUUAUUCACCCAAAAAUGAACUAUCUGGAUUUCAAAAUGCUUAUGUUGAAUAUGUAGUACAUUUGCAUACAUAUAAAGGCAAUUGCAUGUUAGCAUGUGUAUGUCUGUAACUGUCUUUUGAGUUCUAUAGGAGUGACAGAUGUGUCACUUUAACUUACUGUCCACUUAGCCUGAAAAUCUUACAGAAUCAUAUUCCUGACUAACUGUCUCCUAGAGCAACAGGGAACUGCAUGACCAGUUUAAAACACUUGCUAGAAAUGAAACAAAUCUGAUUUUUAAACUAUUUUCCAUUUAAACUGUUUUAGCAUAAGCUUGAUAAUCUUUUUUUUUUUUUUUAAUUUUUUUUUUAUUUUUUAAUUAAAAUUUCCACCUGCUCCCCGUUUCCCAUUUCCCUCCCCUCCUCCCAAAUAUUGCCCCCUCCCCCCACUUCCCUCCCCCUAUCCCUACUCCUCUUCUCCUCCCCCCACACCAUUCCCCCUCCCUCUCGAUACUGAAGAGCAGUCCAAAUUCUCUGCCCUGCGGGAAGACGAAGGUCUUCUAUCUACUUCCAGGAAGGUGAAAAAGAAAGGAUUAUGCUUUUAAGAACAUAGGUAUUAGAGACAUUUGUCAUGAAUCAACAAAACAGUUUUUUUUAAAGACUAAUUGGCACAAGUGGGUGGCACUGGCUUAAUGCUGUUAAUGUUUCUAAAAGUUUUUACAUUUAGAUUAUAUAUCGGAUUCACAUUAAAAUACCUCCAAAGCACUGUUUUAUAGAAAGAUCUGACUUCAAUGAAUAUUUUUGUAUUUUACAUGGGCCAGUUUAUGUACUGCUAUUUACACUAUUAUUUCUUAGAGACACAUAAUCUUUGUAUCUUUUGUAUUUUUGUUUUGUUUUGUUUUUCUGGUUUUGCGCCUUGAUGGUAAUACUCUAUUUGGUUUGGGAUGUUUUUCCAUUCUUUAGCAUUUGUAUAAACAACUGGUCCAUGUAAGUACUUUUCAUGUUUUUUCUUCAAAUGUUUAAAGUGCUAGUUGAUGUACAAUAUCUCUUCUCAGAUAUUUGCCUGUCUGUUUGCCCAACAUUGCUUCUAAAUCAAUAAAGAUACUUUUAUUUCUUA